UGUUAACGACCUCGUUUGUUUUGGAGACGCGGAAAGGCCGACGUUCGAGCCUCGUAGCGCGGAGUUGUUUCCGGACUGCAACAAGGUCAGGCGACAAUGUCGCCUCCCUCCUCCCCUCUCCAUCGAAAACCGUUGGCUUCCCAGUUCCUUCUGUUGGAUUCUUUCGGUCGCUCGUCCGAUCGCCAGCCCGCCCCAUGAAAUUCGGGGCGCUGCCUGAACUGCCUGAGUCCGACGACACUCCGGCGAGCCGAGAAUGCGCCGAUCCGGAGAUGGGAUGUAUGAAAAUCGACGACGAGAAUCCUGCCAAGAGGCGGGCUGAAGUGGUGGAAUGGAUCGACGGUUUGUUCCCGGACCUCGUCGUGGAUAGCGAUGCGUCGGAGGAAGGCCUCCGGGCGAGGCUGCUCGAUGGUGCAGUAUUAUUCCGCAUCCUUAAUAGGUUCAGACUUUUUGGAUCGGAAGAGAUUGGUAAUGGGAAUCGUGUUUCGACCAAGAAACGUUUUGAUUGUAUAACUAGCUUUGUGUCGGCUGUUGAGCAGAUGGGGUUGCCAGGAUUCAAAUUUUCAGACCUUGAACAGGGGCCUAUGACUGCAGUAGUAUAUUGUCUUUGGUGUCUCAAGAAUCAUCUCAGUUGCAACUUCAGUGAAGAGAAUACAAAGUUACCAUUGAAUCGGUUGGUUGAAGCAAGAGAAACGUCAAAACCUAUGGAAUUCAAGAGGGUCAAGUCACUGAAAUUUUUUCGGGAGGAUAGCCGUUAUGGUGGACAAAAGUCUGCAGAUUCAUCAGAGGGCAGGCUAAACAGCCUUGCAAAUUUGCGAUUGAAACAUCUGCUACGAGCUAGUCCUGUUUUCUCAGAACCAUCAACUCCUCAUUCUCAUCAUAGCGGGCAUAAGUUCCAUGAGGUUUUCCAACUAAAGCAAGGACGCUAUAGUGAACUUCCUGCUGCUAAGAUUUCAGAAAUGUUGAAAUCAAACAGUUUAGAUAAUGCCUCCACUCAAUCUCUUUUAAGUGUCAUUCACGGAAUUCUGGAAGAAAGUAUUGAAAGGGUGAAUGGGGAAAUACCUUAUAGUGUAGCAUGCCUUCUGAAAAAGGUUAUACAUGAGAUUGAAAGACGCAUUGCAACACAAGCAGAGCAUAUACGAAAUCAAAAUAAUCUGAUUAAAGCUCGUGAAGAAAAUUUUCAAUCAAGGAUCAAAGUGCUAGAAACACUAGCAAAUGCAUCAAAUGAAGAAGCACAGAUGGUAAUUAACCAGCUUCAGCAGCUAAAGGAUGAAAUAUCGAAAGCUGAAGAAAAGCAAUUACAUUCUGAAGAUAUCAUUAGUGUAAUUAAGGAAAAAGAAAAUAGCGACAAAUUAGUUUCAAAACUUAAGCAGACUUUAGAAACAAUGAAAAGGGCACAUCAAGAACAACUUCAGCGGCUAGAAAAAAAUGCCAAGGAUUCUGAGCUGGAGUUGAAGCAAAGGUUAAAGGACGCUGAACAUCUAUUAUCAGAAUCAAAGUUAAGAAGAGAAGAGAUAGAAGUAGAGUUAAGAUCUAAAUAUCAGAAUUGGAGAAAGAAGAAAGGCGUUUUCCAAAGUUUCAUAGCUUUACUUCUGCAGUCGGUUCAGGGUUUGCGGGGAUCCUAUGAUUCUAUGAAGCAUGAAAUUACAGAUACAGAAAAAAGAUGGUUUGAAGAAUUCACUAAUCUUGGGGAAAAGCUGAAAGCAUUAACAGAUGCAGCAGACUGUUAUCAUGAUGUUCUUGCAGAAAACCGGAAGUUAUAUAAUGAGGUCCAGGAACUAAAAGGAAAUAUUAGAGUUUAUUGUCGGAUAAGGCCAUUUCUUUCUGAAGAAGAAAACAAAAGACAAAAAACUAUAGAGUGUAUUGGUGAGAAUGGUGAGCUAGUUCUUGUAAAUCCAAGUAAACAAGGAAAAGAUGGUAAAAGAAUGUUCAAUUUCAACAAGGUGUUUGGUCCUUCUGCUACUCAAGAGGAGGUCUUUUUAGACACGCGACCCUUAAUACGAUCUGUUCUUGAUGGUUACAAUGUUUGUAUAUUUGCUUAUGGUCAAACUGGAUCAGGAAAAACAUAUACAAUGACAGGGCCUAAUGGAGGAUCUGAGAAAGAUUGGGGUGUAAACUAUCGAGCUCUCAAUGACCUUUUUAAUAUUUCUCAGAAUAGAAGAGGCACCUUUAUACAUGAAGUGAGCGUUCAAAUGGUUGAAAUAUAUAACGAACAAGUGCGUGAUCUCCUUGCAAAUCAUGGCCCACAACAGAGACUUGGUAUUAUGGCGGCUACUCAACCCAAUGGCCUUGCUGUCCCUGAUGCCAGUAUCCAUCCUGUUGAAUCAACUUCUGAUGUUCUGGAACUGAUGAAAAUAGGACAGACUAACAGGGCUAUUUGUGCCACCGCUUUAAAUGAAAGAAGCAGCCGAUCGCACAGUAUUCUUAGUGUUCAUGUUCGAGGAACAGAUUUGAGAAGUGAAACCACUUUGCGUGGCUCCCUUCAUCUGGUUGAUCUUGCUGGAAGUGAGCGCAUUGACCGCUCUGAAGUCAUUGGUGACAGGCUCAAGGAAGCACAACAUAUCAACAAAUCUUUAUCUGCUCUUGGGGAUGUUAUCUUUGCUCUAUCACAGAAAAGCCCUUAUGUACCAUUUAGAAACAGCAAGCUUACUCAAGUUCUACAAAGUUCUUUAGGUGGACAUGCUAAGACACUUGUGUUUGUACAGAUAAAUCCAGAUGUAGGAUCCUACUCUGAGACCUUCAGUACCUUGAAAUUUGCUGAAAGAGUUUAUGGGGUGGAAUUAGGUGCAGCAAGGGGCCAAAAAGAGGGCAAGGAAGUUGGAGAUUUGAUAGAACAGGUAACAUCACUUAAAGAUACAAUUGCAAGGAAAGAAGAGGAGAUUGAACAGCUGAAACAACUGAAACAACUGAAACUUCUCAGAUCACAAUCUCCUAGUGUAAAAAUAGAAAGACAUAAUAAGGGUCCAUUGAAACAAAAUUCUUCUCCUCCUGCUGGCAUAUCAACCUUAGGUACUACCGUACAAUUAAAACAAAGAAUAUUGGGACGAAAGCCAGUGAACAGAAGUAAGACAGCCAAAAGUCAUGACAAUAAUUCAGGGAAUGUAGAUCAUUCUGAAUCUAGUUCACAGAAGUCUGUAGAAGAUAAUAAAUACCAGAGACAAGGAUUUUCACUUCCAACAGAACAGAAACUGGAUUGUAGUAGUUCUCCAGAUGUAGAACUUUUGGGUAUUCAUGAUGAAGAUACAAUGAUGUUAAGUGACAUAUCUGACAGUGUACUCUCCGUGGAGACUGAUACAAAUGGUUCAAUGAGCAGUGCUGUUGAGUUUUUUCUCUUCCCUGAACAAAAGAAACCAUCAGAAACUUCUAAAGAGAAAGAGAUUAGAACUCCAGCAAAAAUACCUAAACCACCUCUGAAAAAGAUUGGACAGAAUACAGUCUCCCAGAAAAAGAUAAAAGAUGCAUUAAAGCCUUCAAGUUCAAGAAAAUACACAAAUCAUGUUACAAAGCCGUCGCUUGCCAGAAGUGUGAAACGUUGGCAGUAGAAACUGUGUUCCAGUGAAAUUUAUACAGUAACUGUCUACAAAAUUGAAAAUUAUUUUAUACAGUAGGUGGAUGCUGAGUUUAAUUUUCUUCUUUUCUGGUUUCACCAAAGAUGGAGUACAACCGUGCACAGUUAGUGUAGCCUUUGCAAUCUUAAGCCCCUGUGAAGUAAUCAUCGCCUUGAUGAAAUAUCAUUCUUGCAUUUUGAAGCAAUGACAAGUCUUUAUACCAAUGACAGUUGUCAGUAACAAUGAAGCAAAAUCCACUUGGUGAAGAGUUUGCAGUCCCUGAAGCACCAUCAGUUAAUCUGAAAAUGGAUGGAAGUUACCAUACAGAAGUCAGAAGUUAGGGAGCUAUAUGCAUGAUCUUAUUGUCUACCACAGUUAAAACGAGAAUCAAGACUUUCAAAAGUGUCCAUAAAGGUGCAGACAAAGGUGUGUUUCAAUGGAAUUUUUUUCCUUAGAUAUCUUAAUUGCAAUUUUCUACGAUAUGCAAUUGGAUCUGUAUUGAACCAGGAGGUGUUGCAUAUUCAUGGAUUAUUCGAGUGGAAGUUCAAGGCCUCUCUUAGCACGGCAGGUACAUGCUUCAACAAGGGAAUACUGCACAUUGUAUGUGGUGAAGGGGGGAAUCAUCAAAUAUUUAAUCAUCUACAUCGUUAAUAACACUGAUAUUUCUCAUUGCCAUUAGAUUUUGUUGUGUCAUCCAAUAGAAUAAUAGUGAUCACAAAAACAUUACGUACAACAACGGAAGCUGCUCAGGACAAAACUAACUAGAGAUACCAAAGACCAUCCCAACCAAACAUGGACUAAUCUAGGUAUUUGCCCUUGAUAUUAAACUAGACACCUUCUAAUUUCUUUCUAAAUAAAUAAACAAAGAUUUCGUUCUUCUCACGACGCUUCACUGCAAGAGAAAUGGUAGAUCAAGAGAAAAGUGUCAAAAAAUUCUGGAACAAAUAUACUUGCAGUGUUCUAGUACAGUUUGUACAGUGUCUGUGUGUGUGAAAGCAAGCAAAAAUUACCACCCUUACAAACAAACAAGGGUGUAGCAGCAUCAACUGCGACAACUUCUCAUGACACACUGUGCACUGGAAUCUGCCGCGCUGGACUCUCAGACGCCGGAGGACCUGCAGGGAGAAAAACGAAAAACCUUAGUAAUUGCUGUGACUAAAGCCGCAUCAUUCCAGCUCUCCGUUUCACUCGACUAAAAACAUGAAAAUGUUUUUUGAGUUUCAUCACGUUUGAAUGGAUUCGAAUUAUUAUUAUUAUUAUUAUUUAACUAGCUAUACUAACUUUAGAAAUGACUGAUCGAUCGGAUCCCAUGUAAAUUUUCAUUUCUUCCUGCUUUUAAAAUAAAUUUAGAAGUGUUUGUAAGUUGUAACGGACGAUCAAUUCAACAUUCUAGAUUGGUAAUCCCACAGUAAUACAACAAAC